AUGACUUCUUUGCUCUCCUUUGUUUCCAUAGUAGCUUUGGGAGUUACAGCUACUUUAGGUGCUCCUCAGGGUAGCUUAGUUUUCCGCCCAACACAAUACCAAAAUGUCUUAAGUUCUGAUAGCAAUGACGGCCGAUAUAUUCAUGACACCAGUGGAGACUAUUAUCCUGAUCAAAGUGGUUCUUACCAACAUGAUAAUUCUGGGGAUUACGUCCCCGAUGAUAAUCCAUACUUACAUCAAGCUGGUGGUUCAGGCAGCGAUUAUAGCGGCUCAGGAGGUGUAGGUGGUAGUGGUGGAUUUGGAGGCAGUGGAAGUACCAUAGUCGUAGGAACAGGCCUUCGAGGAUCAUCUGGAUCAAGUACUCCAUCAGGUGCUUCAUUGGGAAUCAGUUCAGGAGUGUACGGCGCUAAUAAGGUAUCUGGAAUUCCUGCAGCUGCUGGUUAUGGUCAAGCAGCAAGUUUAAAACAAGGCAACGCAGCUGGUUUGUAUGACAACAAGAACUAUGCCAUUAUAAGAAAAAUUGAAGUAGUUGAGCCAGAGAGUUAUAACUACCUCUAUGAAACUGAGAACGGAAUUUAUGCUGAAGAACAAGGCCAUCUAGUUAAUAAAGGUUCCGAGAACGAAGCUAUAAAUGCAAAGGGAUACUUCACCUACACUGGUCCAGAUAACGUUGUAUACACUGUGCAGUACACCGCUGACGAAAAUGGAUUUGUACCUCAAGGUGCCCAUUUACCUACUCCACCACCAAUUCCAGAAGCUAUUCUUCGGUCUCUCGAGUAUCAAAAAUCUAUAGGUGAAUUGUAAAUGAAUUAAAACUAAUAAUAUUUAAUAUAAAUUAUA